AUGUAUGGGAUUGGCUCAGCUAGUGGAAAUGCACGCUCCCUGUGGCGAUUAGACCACACGCGUACAAAAUGGUCGGCUGGCUUCUUCGCCUGGGGCACAACGAUUCGUCUCCGACAUGUUACCACGGGCCGCUUUCUUGGCAUCGCACCACCGGAGCCUGUGGCACCAAAUCAGGCAGCCGCGGCCGCCAUGAUGAUGGCCGGGAUGCCAGCUAACGUGAUGCCUGGUGGGCUACAACAAAAUUACGAUGUCGUCCUAUUGGCACCUCAUGAAGCGACUGCCGAGGCGACUGUAUUCUAUAUCAAACAGACCAAGGAUGACAAAAAGCGAGGAGAAGAGCAUGAAGAGGAAGGGAUGGGCGAACCCGAUCUACGUGUUGGCGAGACUCUCGCAUAUUUACAACAUGUGGCCACUGGCCGCUGGCUGUCUUACGAAACAUUCGAAACAAAGAAGCGUGGUCGUGGCCGUUUCGAAGAGAAGCGAGCAGUGCUUCUGGUGGAGGGCCAUAUGGACGAUGUCUUCAGUCUUGUACGUGGUCAGGACGAAGAACAGAAAUCGGCCGCGGCCAUUCGACGUUCGACGGUCGUUUUCACGGACUUUAUUCGUGCUUUAGAAGAGGUAAUCUUCACAAAUCAACUUCAUCAAGUUCAAGCCAAUCCGGCACUCUUGAUGGUAAUCGCUCAGAACAACCCCCACCAAGCGGCUCUGAUACAGACUCAUUUGCAAAUGAUGCAUACUUCAAGCGGCAGCAUUACAGGCGGUCAGGCGGGUGCUAACCAAGGCAUUGGGUCGUCGGGUGCCAGUGCUGUCGCGUCUCCUGGCAGCGGCUCCACUCUCGCUAGCUCGCAACUGAGUUUAACUGAGGUUACCCAAUGUCUGGAGGAUUUGAUAGAAUUUUUUUCCCAGCCACCAACAAACGCUGAACAUGAGGUCCGCCAGGCCAGAUUGGCAGCCCUCAUAAACCGGCAAGAUCUAUUUCAGGCAAGCACUUUAAAAAUUUGUUAA